AUGCGACGAGCGGAGUCCCAGUUGCGAGGCCGCCUGAGCUUUAGCUUGCAGCCCGUCCCGGGCCCAAGCUUCGUCGAGAUCCUGAACCAGAUUCAGGCUUUGCACGAGAAGCUGCUGCAAGCCUACGAAUCAGAUGUGGACGAGUCAAAGAGACUGAAGCCGAAAAGCUACCCGAAGCUUGGAAAUCUGAAAAGGACGGCCUCAGCAGGCGUUUCCGUGGUCUCCAGCGAUGCCGAAUUGCCGGUGAGCCAUCAGGCUUCACGAGCCUCCCGUGCCUCGCGUGGGUCAAGACAGCUGACGGUUUCCUUGGCAAAGGAGGCAAAAGACAUGACUGAAGCUCACAUGGACGAAGUGCUGCGCCAUGGUGAUGCUGCCUUCCAAGUGGCCGAUGAGUGGGCCUUGGAUGACGAUGCUCUUGCGGACCUUGAGAUGACUUCUGCCAUCACCUCGCCGAAGCAUCCGGUUUUGAAGACGUCCGGCACAGGCCGAAAGUAUCGUCGCGUCUCCGGGUUAACCAACACUGGCUGCGCUAUCCAUCCUGAAUCGCCCCAGAGGAUGUUCUGGGACGUCUUGGGCAUGCUGGUCUUGCUCGUGGAGGUCUUGACCGUUCCUCUGCAGGUCUACGAUAUAGCCGGGGACGCCAGAAAUGUGGCAGACAUUUUGCACUGGGGAACCACGCUAUACUGGGUUUUGGAUUUGCCAGCAUCAUUUCUGACGGCCGUCUACAUCAACGACGUUCUGCACACCAGUUUCGCAGACGUCGCACGGGCAUAUUUGAAAUCCUGGUUUGUCUUCGACGCUCUGAUGUUGGCGCCAGAAGUCGUGGUUUUCGUCAACGCAUUCUCACCGAUGGAGGGAGUUGAGAUGGACGAUGCGGCCGCAUCCGGUUUGUUACGUGCCUUACGAGCCAGGCGCUUGAUGAAGGUCGUUCGUUUUGUUCGGAUUCUGAGAUUUCGGAAGGCAAUGCUUGUGCUGAAGAAGAUGAGCUUUUACAAGCAGUUUAGAAUGUUUUUCAGUGGUCGGAUUUCGUCUUCUUUGCUGCCGGUCCUCUGCCUGAUGUGUGGCCUCGCAAUUUCAGUCCAUUUCCUGGCAGCCCUGUGGUUUAUUGCAGGGACUGCGGAACGUGGAUGGGCAUUUAACGAAGGCCUGCAUGAGGCUCCCUUUGCCCUUCAAUAUACACGAAGUGUGGAGUGGGCUGUGUCGCGAUUGCCAGCGUCAGCCUUGCGAGCUAACGUCGAGCUCCACACUGCUUUCGAGCGCUGGGUGGCCAUCAUGGCCACUUUCGCUUCAUUGGUCAUCUCCUCGUUGUUUAUCAGUGUGAUUACCAACCUGAUGGCAGAUGUUGCUCGUCGAACACGCAAGAUGGCACAUAUCCUUGACUCCGUGAGAAAAUACUGUGGAGCAUGUGGGGUGUCCUACGGCCACACCAUGAAGGUGAGAAGGCUGGUGGAACGAGAGCAUUGCCGAGCAAGCAUCCAGGAGCAUAUGGAAUUCUUGUUGACACUGCCUGAGACUGUCGUCAAGGAGCUUUUCCAUGAGGCCCGCUCGAUUACACUCGCUUGCCAUCCCUUCUUCCUGGAACUAUGUGCUGAAAACAACUUGAUGGAAUUGCAGCUGUGCAACAGGGCGGCGAAAGAGCUCUAUCUCCUUGAGCAUGAUGAGAUUUUCCGCGGGAACGAGAGAGGCGAAGGAGUUUAUAUCCUGGCGUCAGGCGGAGCUCAGUACAUUCAAGGAACCGAGUUCUACCAGCCACUGCAUACGGCAGCUGCAAAGGGAACCGCCUCGAGCGUGAUCAGAAUGUUCUCCAUCCUUCCUGGCCUGGAUGGAGGCGAAAAGAAAGAAGAAGGACAGGGUUGCGCUUGA